UCACGAUAUAGAAAACGGUUGCAAAACAUUUUAUUGGGCCUGGAUAAACAAACUCUAAAUUCAUCAAUGAAAAGUUAAUUUACAGCAUUGUUGACAAGUUUUCCAUUCCGGUUGCACCCUAAUCAUUAAUUCCACGAAGUUCUCUCUCCAAAAUCAUGGAUGAUUUCAGUUUCUCUGAGGAGGAGGGCGCAGACACUGCGGAUUCCCUGGACAUAAAGCCCCCUCAAGCAACAGUUGCCCUCCACAAAUCAGGCUCCUCACGUCGCAGAGAGAAGCACAGUGAUAGACGUGACAGACGUGAGGAUAAAGAGCGAAAAUCUCGUCAUCAUGACAGGGAAGAGAGAUACAGAGAUAAACACAGACAUCGAAGACACGGGAUGGAGUCUCUAGACAGAUCCGACCGUCCAGACAACUCCAAGAGGGACAGAGAGCGGACUGAGAGGCUGGACAGGGGCGUGGAGGCGCACUCCAGGGAUGGAGAGUCUUCCAGACAUGAGAGGAAAGACCGCAGCACUGGGGAUCGCGUACUCGAAGAUCUACGAACUAGGACCUUCGUUUCAAGAUUGCUGGACAAGCGUCGUGAGAGACGCGACGAUCCCCGCGAUAUGCGAGAGUAUAAAUCAGAAUCACGACGUGAAUUGCGUAUUGAGGAGACAAGGGACAGACGAGAGCUGAGGAUAGAGAGCCGGGAGAGUCGUACAGUGUCUGAAGAUGGUCGUGAUCGUCGUGAGAUCAGAGUCGAGGAGCGAAGGCACAUGAUGAUCGAGGAGCAGUACUCGGAGUCCGAAUUGAUGGAGAGAGUGGAGAGGGAGAAGAGACACAAGAGGAAUCACAAGCACGAGAGGACAAGGGACAGGGAGAAAAUUGAGAGGGACAGGGAGGACAGGGACAAACAGUUGCGGGAUCCCAUGGAGAUUGGACAGGACAACGAGGGGGAGCCCAUGGACAUUGCUGAUGCACAAGUGACAUCGAAAGAUCCCAAAGAAAUGACGGAACAGGAACUUCGUAGAGAAAGAUUCCUGGAGGCUGAUCGAGAAAAGGCUGCGAGGAAGGAAAGAGCGAGAUUAGAACUGGAGGAACGUAGAUCGAGACGAGGGGAGAAGCGAGUCCACAGUCCGGAACCUGAUCCUGAUCAGUCUGUCGUGGAAUUGUCUGAUGAAAGUCGAAGUGAAUCUGAUGAUGAACGAUCGAAAUCGCCGAAAUCGCAAAGACAUUCCUCGGAAGACCGCAACAGUGGAAACGAGCGUUCGUCGGACCGUCACACCUCUGACUCCUCGAGCUCCACCUCAGACGACGAGGAAGACUCAAACGACUCAGCCCACGGUUCGAAGGAGGACUCCAACGAUGGUUCAGACUACAACAACGCCAGCCCCUUAUCAGUGGAUCGCCUCGCCAAAUCCGAUCACUCGGACGGUGACUCUCCCGGUCGCGUCGAGUCGAACGGAGUGAAGCCAGAGGAGGAGGAAGAGGAGAAGAAGAAAGAAGUUGUCCCAGAGCUACCGCCGUACCUUCCCGCUAUCCAAGGCUGCAGGAGUGUCGAGGAGUUUCAGUGCCUCAACAGAAUCGAGGAAGGGACCUACGGGGUAGUCUACCGAGCUCGUGACAAACGCACCGAGGAGAUCGUCGCCCUGAAGAGAUUGAAGAUGGAGAAAGAAAAGGAGGGCUUUCCCAUCACGAGUCUUCGGGAGAUAAAUACACUUCUCAAGGCUCAACACCCGAACAUUGUGACCGUUCGGGAGAUUGUUGUUGGCAGCAACAUGGACAAGAUAUUCAUUGUCAUGGACUAUGUGGAGCACGACCUGAAGUCCCUGAUGGAGACCAUGAAGCAGAAGAAACAGGUUUUUAUCCCGGGGGAGGUGAAGUGCCUCAUGCAGCAGCUCCUGCGUGCAGUGGAGCAUCUGCAUGACAACUGGAUACUCCAUCGAGAUCUGAAGACAUCGAACUUGUUGUUGAGUCAUCGAGGGAUUUUGAAGGUCGGGGAUUUCGGUCUGGCGAGGGAAUAUGGGUCCCCCUUGAGGCAAUACACACCAGUGGUGGUGACUCUGUGGUACAGAGCACCCGAGCUCCUUCUGAAUGGAAAGGAAUACAGUACUCCAAUAGACAUGUGGUCAGUUGGCUGUAUCUUCGCUGAGUUAGUGAGGAUGGAGGCGCUUUUCCCAGGUAAAUCUGAGAUCGACCAGUUGAACAGGAUUUUCAAGGAGUUGGGGACACCCAGCGACAGGGUAUGGCCGGGGUACAGCAAACUGCCGAUGGUCCAGAAGAUGACUUUUGGGCAGUACCCAGUGAACAAUCUCAGGCAGCGAUUCCACAUGUUCCUGAAGGACCAGGGGAUGGAGCUGUUGAAUAAAUUGUUGACGUACGAUCCUGCACAGAGGAUGACUGCAGAAGAUGCGGUUAAGCACGGGUAUUUCACCGAGGCACCACUCGCCAUCAAACCUGACAUGUUCCCAACGUGGCCUGCCAAGUCUGAACUAGGCGCGAGGACGGCCAAUGCCUCGCCGAAACCGCCUAGCGGAGGCAGGGAGUACAAGCAGCUUGGGGAUGGCGAUGAAGCUGAGAUCAAUUCCUCUGGAGGAUUCCACAUGGGGCUUCUCGAUGGCGGCAGACCUCCGCCUGUGGGAGGGGGUUUCCAUCUCAAAUUCUGAGUGUUUGAUGCAAUUCAUUUAGUUAUGCAAUUUGCGUGAAUGGAGUUGUAUUGUGGGCGUGACACUGUUAAGGAUUAUUGUUCAAGCUACUGGGGUAGCUGAUUAUCCAUUGAAUUUUGUAUAGAGCAAUGUGGAAACCAUAAUUUUUUAAGUGAAAUAAAGUUGGAGA